GAAUCACUCCAAAUUUGGCAACCUAGUAAUCACAGUGACUUCAGCUGCCCCAUCUGUCUCCAGACAGCAACUUUCCCUGUAGAAACCAACUGUGGACAUUUAUUCUGUGGGUCCUGUCUGAUCACAUACUGGAAACAUAGUCCCUGGUUAGCAGCAAUAACCUGCCCUCUCUGCAGACAAAAGGUGGUUCUUCUGGAUAACAUCUCUUGUGAAAAGCAACAAGAUAAGCCAAGUAAACAAAUUGUACACGACAUUAGAGAUUACAACAAGCGUUUCUCAGGGCAACCCCGACCUUUUGCAGAUUAUCUUUAUGACAUGCCAUUACUCCUCACUCUUGCCUUGCGAGGAAUCUUCACCUGGGGUGGUCUCGUAUGGAUUUUUUUCCUCAGAGUUGCUGUUUGCUCCUUCGGAACAAUCAUAUGCUUCUCUUCUCCAUUUGACACGAAGCCUGGGCCUCUCUGCAGGACACUUGGAACGGCUGAUGACAUGGUGGUUGUUUCCCUUCUUUUAAUUUGUAUGAUAAAUAUUUGUCAGCAAAUUGCAUCUAAUGGGGUAAAUAUGGCGAGGUCUGCAGCUCAGAGUAUGCUGUCAGAGUCCUGA